UAAUCAUAAUUACAUCUACAACUCUACUAACUCUCAGCUUAGCCUUCCACUUAUCAGGAAUUAUAUCUGUUGUGUUUGGAUUUCUACAUUUGAUUGGAAAUAGCAUAUUGGUCAGUAUGUUUGAGCUGAUUCUCAGAAUGCUGGGGGAGUUCUUUUUGCCAAAGGCAGUGGAGCAAUUGGCAGAUAAUGCACUGAACAAUGCCAAGAAUAUAAACGAUUUUGGGCUCAUUUUGAAAACUCUGCACAAAAUGUUGAAAUCAUUGAAUGCUAGAGCAUCUGAUGUAGAGGAGGAGAUUAAAAAUGCAGAGGUCUCUGGUAGAAAAAAAAGGAAACGAGAAGUUGAGGAAUGGUUAGGAGAUGUCAAAUGUUUUGAAAAUGAAGUUGAUGAGUUGGGGAGUCAAAUAGAAUCACCAGGACUUAUUAUGAGGUUGAUGAAUGGUGGACAAGCAGCAAAACUGAUUGAUGAAAUUGAUAAACUUGUUGAGCAAAGUCGGAAUUUUGGGGAACUUGUACUUGAUGUUUGUGGAACUAGGGGAGAGUCAUUUUUGGCAAAUGCUUUGGUUGGCAAAGCAUUCAGUGAAAAUUUGGAAGCAAUUUUGAAACUUUUGGAGAGUAGACAAGUGUGGAGCAUUGGUGUUUAUGGUAUGGGUGGUGUGGGCAAAACAACACUGGCAAAGCACAUUCACAAUCGACUCCUGCAACUAUCUCAAGGGCGUGUGAUUUGGGUUACAGUCUCUCGAGAAUUUACUAUCAAGAGCUUACAAGACAAGAUAGCUCGUUUUUUAGGUUUAGACCUUUUGGAUGAGGAUAAUGAAGACAUAAGAGCAGCAAGACUGCAUAGAGUUUUAUCGCAGAUGAGGAAUUCAGUACUAAUAUUAGAUGAUGUCUGGGAAAAUAUUGAUCUGCUAAAGCUGGGAUGUCACGUAUCUAUGGAGUGCUGUAGGCUGAUUAUAACAACUCGCUCCUUAGAAGUGUGUCAUCAAAUCCGUUGUCACAAAGUACUUCUGGUGGAAAAACUGCCACAGGAGGAGGCAUGGAGAUUAUUCAAUCAAACACUUGGAAAUGAGAUCAAACUCACUUCUCAAGUAGAAGAAAUUGCCAAAUCUGUGGCAAAAUUAUGUGGUGGUUUGCCACUAGGAAUCAUUACAAUGGCUGGAGGCAUGAGGGGUAAGACGACAAUUCAUGCGUGGAAAAAUGCUUUUGUAGAACUAAGGGAUCGUGUCUCAGGGAAAGAUGGCAUGGGAGAGGAUGAUGUUUUCAGAAUAUUGAAAUAUAGUUUUGACCAGUUGCAAAAAAAUUAUCAGAGUAACGAGUUCAAUACGCUUCAACGUUGUUUCUUGUAUUGCUUGUUAUAUCCCGAAGACUACCAAAUACACAGGGAAGAUUUGGUUAGGAAGUUCAUCUCAGAGGGGUUAGUGGAUCAAAGAAAGAGUAGGAGAGCAAAAAUUAACCAAGGCCACUGCAUACUUGAUAGAUUAGUGAAUGUGUGCUUAUUGGAAAGUUGUGUUGGUUAUGAAUGUGUGAAGAUGCACGAUCUUGUAAGAGUUAUGGCAUUGAAGAUUGUUGAGGGGGUAUAUAUGGUAAGAGCAGGUGAAAAGUCUUUGAUGGAAAUCCCCGAACGAAGAAGAGUGGACAAAGGGUCUGGAGAAGGUGUCCUUAAUGAAGAGCGGGAUAAGGAGGAUUGGAGAUGGAAUCUCUUUCGAUUGUCCUAACCUCUCAACAUUGCUUUUAUGGGGGAAUAGA